AUGGAUAGAAUAGUAGUUUUCUACAACAAUCAUAAGUUUAGCACAUUUGAUGAUGAAGAGUUCUUUGAAUACGUACAUUAUGAAACCACUUCGGAUAUUAAACGAUAUAUGGUGGAUCAGAUUUUAGAUUUCUAUGUUGUCAUCACUCCUGAUGGACAAAUACGAGCUCAAUUAGUAAGUGAAGGUUUUGAUAGACAUGCGGUGAUAGACGAAGAGGAAGAUGUUGAAUGGUAUGCUACACAAUUCGUCAAGGCUGGCGAUAUACUAGAGCUUAUUGAUCAGCAUAUGAGCACAGAGCAUGGUGUUGCCGAAAUGUCAGAUGAAUUAUAUGAGAAAUACAAUACAUCUAGCUCGCGUCCGCUAAGAAUAUUUAUUCUUGAUGGUAAACUAAGCACAUCGCAUGAAAAUACAGUUGAAAUUAAUGUUCAAGAUGAGGAAGAAAUCUAUGAAAUUGUAGCGAAUGGCUAUGAAAUGGAGUACUCAUCUUGUUACAUUGUUGUGAAUAAGGAGAACAUUUACGUGAAGAAAAGAGGAUACAGUAACAAAGUGUAUAUUAUUGAAGAUGAAAUCAAAUACGUUGAAGGGGAUUACGAAGUUAGGAACUUCAAGUCAAAUGUUAUUCAGGAGUUAAAAGAUACUUCUAACUACAAUAGGAUUGAACGUGUCACUGAGGAUGUCGUGCACAUCAUGUAUACUGAUGAAGAUGAGAUGUAUCAAAUACUAUAUCGACCAGAAAGUGUUUCCAUUUCUUUUAAAGACUAUUAUUAUAGAUUUCUUGGGUUUGAUCGUUACGAGUUAAACAGUAAAGGCAAGAAAGGACAAGUUUUAAAGCAACCAAUGAAAAUAAGGUCGAAAAAGAGAUUGAGGGAACUAAUGGAGGACGUUGAGUAG